AUGUACAACGGAAUCGGUUUGGCAACCGCCCGUGGAUCGGGCACCAACGGUUACGUACAACGGAAUUGGGCGGCCAUAAAAAAAGUCAAAGACCAGACGACAUUCAAGACCGAUGAGGAGUUGGCCAAGAUCGAUUCUGCCGCCAAUCGUCAGCCCAACCAAGAGCUGUUGGAUCACGACCGUAAGCGAAAGGUCGAGCUGAAAUGCAUCGAACUCGAACAGUCUCUGGAAGACCAAGGUUUUUCUCAAGAUGAAAUCAUCAAAAAGAUAAACACUUUUAGAGUCACGUUAUUGGGCAAACAAAAGACUACAACGGAAUAUGAUGAAUGCGGUAGACCUAUAUUAUUCUACCAAAGAAAUAAUUACAAAUACAGUGUAAGGGAUACUCAUCAAUUUGCCGAUGAACAGUUAAAAAAGAAUGCAAGACUAAGAGAUGCUUUUGGUAUAUCAGAAUUUUUUAUUGAAGGCUCUAGCUUAGAUCCAGAAAGAAAAAUUAAAGAAGCAGCACUGGCCCAGUUAAAAGCGUUGCAGGUGGACCAAGCACUUGUGCAAACACAAAUGAAUGAAGACACCUCAACAAAUAAAGACAGCAGUAUAGCAAAUGAACUACAGUCUAAAAGUCCUAAACACAAAAAACGAAAGAAGAAGAAAUCAAAAUCUCAUAAAAGUGACAAAGAAAAGGGAAGCGAUAAGAAAAAAUCAAAAAAACAUAAGAAGAAACAUAACUCUUCAUCUGAAGAUAGUCCAAGAACUGACGAAGUAAAAGUCAACAAGAAUUCGUCUCAAGUUAAAUCCAAGUACGAUGAUGAUAAAUCUAAUAAAAUAACUACUGAAACUAAAAAAAAAUAUGAGUCUGAAAAUAACCAUAAAAAACAUAAAAGAGAUAAUGAUAAAACAUUUAAGAAUGAUACAAAAGAAAUAGAAUACAAGUAUAAAAGUGAUCGUGAGGAUUACCGUAAGAAAGAUUCCAAACCAGAAAACUCCAAAAACUUGAAAAAAGAUAAAAUAACCGAAGAAACUAACAAGCCAAAGUCUAAAGACAUUGUUCAUGAAUCUAAAAAACAAGAAAAUUCGCCUAGACAUAAAACACCAAUAAAGGAACGUGAUAGGGAUAGAGAGAGAGAUUAUGAUAAAUAUUCAUACAGACAACAUCGUGAUGACAGUAAAUCAAAUAAAGAAAAAUAUGAUAAAAAAUCUGAUAAAGCAGACUCAAAAUACAAUUCAAGGAAACGGAAUUCAAGAAGUCCUAUUAAAGAACUAAGAAAAAAACCUUUUCAACCUGAGAAGUUAACCUGUAUUCCUGCUGAUAGUGAUAGUGACAAGUCAUGUUACACACCACCUCCCAAGAGUUUGAAUGCUAAAUUGAGUCAAUCAAAAAUUAAUGAAGAAAAAAAUCUAAAAAGUACUAAAUACACAUUUUCAUUGCGUGAGGAUAGUGAAGAUAGCUUAGUUGUAGCCAAGUCUAAUGGGCGUACCGAUGACUUGAUAUCAGCAUCACAAAACAGUGAAAAUCAAAAUAAGAUAUCUGAAUCUCGAAAGACAAAUGAUCGAAUAGAUCAAGUAUUUUUAGAUUCUAGUACAAGUGAAGAAGGUGGAUUAGAAGAAGAUAUUGAUUUAAAUAUUAUUAAAGAAAUCACUACAGAGAAAAUAAAAAAAGUAUUUGAGUUGCACGAAAAACAAGAGCAAGCACUGCUUCAUCUUAAAAAAAAACUAAUGGAGAAAAAACGAAAAGUUAGGACUUCUUCCAGUUCAAGUGAUAGUUCGGAUGAAGAGCCUGUUAAAAAGAAAAGUGUCAAACGGAGACGUGUUAAAGAUUCGUCAUCUAGUAACAGUGAUGUGAAUACUAGAAAGAAAUCCAAGCGCUCGCGCUCAAGUAGCAGUAGCAGCAGUGCGAGUGACACAAGUGUUGAGCUUUAUAAGUCAUUAAAACGAUCUAAAGAUAAAUAUUCAAAGAAAAAGUCACCCUCAUCUCGUCGUCGUACUAAAGAUAGUACAUCUCGAUCUCGGUCGGUGUCAGUUAGCUCAAAUGAUCGUUUACGUAAGAAACGAGUUUCCUCAAGUGAAGAAUCAAGUCCAAGGCGUAAGCAUAAAACAUCUAAACGCAAACGUUCAUCUCGGAGACAGAGAAGCAGUGAUAGUAGUAGCAGUAGUAGAUCAUCACCAUCUUACAAAAGCAAAAGACGCUAUAGUUCAAGCCGUUCACGUUCGACUAGUAGUUCAUCAAGCAGUCAUUACUCCCGCAGUUCUAGUUCUAGCCAGGACUCAAGCAGCUCUGGGUCUAGCCGUAGUUCAAAGUCUCGAUCUGCAUCUAUACCUAGGCGACGGGGGUCGCCUAGUUUUUUGGAUCGGAGACGAAUUACAAGUGCGAGAAAAAGACCCAUCCCAUACACAAGACUAACGCCGUUUUCCACCAAUUCUGAUACGGAUAGUGUCAUCAGCGUGCACGACUCACCAAUUGCUGAGAGCCACUAA